AUGACGGUGGUGACGCUGGUGGGGGCGGCUGUGGUCGAUGACUCGGUUGUUGUGAUGGAGGAGGAGGUACUUGUGAGUGAGGAGGAAGUAUUCGUAGAUGAGGAAGAAGCACUUGUUGGUGAAGAAGUGCUCGCCAGUGACGAGGAACUGAUCGCAACAACUGUCAAAGUGCUCGUAGUUGAUGAGGAUGAGGUACUCGUGGCCGAAACCGUCUCCGAAGACGUAGAUGUCGUCAGGGACGACGUUGUAGACGUGACAAGAUCAGUGACUGUUUGGGUCACAACCACCGUAGCAGGCGCAAUCGAAACAACCGAGAUGUCCGUCUCGGUGACUUCGUCAGUAGUCGUUUUGGGCGCCGGGGUGACAGUCUCGACAAUGGUGGUCGCGGCCGCUUCUGUCGACGUUGUGCUCUGGCCGCCGAUAGGUACGAUCGAGUACGUCGCCCGAGGUCGGACAGCAUGA